AUGCAUCUGCUACUUCAUUUGCUGCUUUUAUUCUCUCAUGCGAACGCUCUUCCUUUGCUCGGAUCUUCAUUCGGUAUUCCAGCUAACGCUACAUACGACUAUGUUGUCGUUGGUGGAGGAACGGCCGGCCUCACGGUUGCAGCUCGUCUUGCAGAGAACCCCAGAUUCUCAGUCGCAGUGAUCGAAGCGGGGAGUUUCUACGAGAUCUCUAAUGGAAACUUGAGCCAAAUCCCGGCAUUUGACUACUAUUGGACGGGAAAGGGCUACAAUCCAUUGGUCGAUUGGGGGUACCAAACUGUCCCUCAGAAGGGCAUUUCAGACGCCAUCGUCCACUAUCCUCGUGGAAAAUGUCUCGGGGGGAGCUCCGCCCGCAACUAUAUGGCCUACACACGUGGCAGCGCAAAGUCCUAUGACCUUUGGGCAAAUUCCGUUGGUGACUCAAGCUACGAGUGGCUCAAUUUGCUUCCCUUCUUCCAGAAAUCGAUCACUUUCACGCCUCCAGAUGCAAGCAAACGAGCCGCAAAUGCCACACCCGGAGACGUGAAAGAUCUUGGCAAUACCGGCGGUCCCCUCGGCAUCACGUUCCCCAACUACGCACAGCCGUGGUCUUCUUGGGUGCAACUUGCUUUGCAGGGGAUUGGGAUCAAUCCGAUUGCUGGCCUCGUUAGCGGAAAGAUCUUUGGCUCGUCGUAUACUACUAAUACUAUUCAAGCGUCGACCCAAAUACGAGAAUCAUCCGAGACUGCUUUCUUGCAGCCGGUACUGUCUAAGGGCAAUUUGAUCGUCUAUCAGUCUACUUUAGCUAAGAAGAUCAUCUUCGAUAGCAACAAGGUUGCGACGGGUGUUCUCGUUGAUACCUCAGGGGUUGAAUACACUCUCUCUGCCAAACACGAAGUCAUCGUUUCCUCUGGCGUCUUUGGUUCUCCGCAGCUUCUCAUGGUCUCGGGUGUGGGUCCAGCAGCAGCACUAAACAAUCUUGGUAUCCCUGUCAUAUCAGAUCUUCCCGGAGUCGGGCAGAACAUUUCAGACCAUAUCUUCAUGGGGCCCAGCCACCGAGUUAACGUUCAUACAUCCUCUUCAUUCGCCAGCCCCCUAUUCGCAACUCAAGCAACACUAGACUACCAAACCAAACAGUCAGGCCCUCUAACCAGCACCGGUGGAGACUUUUUCGGCUGGGAAAAGCUCACCUCUGCCCAUCUCUCCAAGGCCGCCCUUUCAAACCUCAGCUUCUUCACUCCCGACUGGCCACACCUCGAGUACCUCAGCAUUCCGACCUAUCUUGGGCCCGGGUUUCCGACCGACACUGCCCAAUACGCCUCCCUUGCUACCGCCAUUGUAGCACCCCUCUCUCGCGGCACCGUCUCUAUCACUUCCCCCAACACCACUGACGCGCCCCUCAUCGACCCACGCUGGCUGACCCACCCGACUGAUAUCGCGCUCGCUAUCGCUGGCUUCAGGCGCGCGCGGGAGGCAUUGAAAACGCCGGCGCUUGGCCCUGUUUUGAUACGAGAUGAAGCUUGGCCAGGUACGGGAGUGCAAAGCGAUGCGGAUAUCUUGGCAUCGAUCAAACUGGGGUUACAGAGUCUGAGCCAUGGGUGUUGUACGUGUAAGAUGGGAAAGAAAGAGGAUGGGAUGGCGGUAGUGGAUUCCAAGGGGAGAGUGAAGGGGGUGAGUGGGUUGCGAGUGGUAGAUGUUAGUGCGUUUGCGUUGUUGCCGCCUGGGAAUCCGCAGAGUACGGUUUAUGCAUUGGCUGAGAAGAUUUCCGAGGAUAUCAAGACAGGGUAG